ACAGAUAGCAUUUGACAAGCUCCCUUCGCAAAGUAUUUGUUUCCCCUGAGAGAAAAAAUCAUCCAGACAUGAAAAUCCUAAUAGUCAUAUUGAUGGCUAUAACUUUCUUGCCAGCUCAGUGCCGAAGUGUUCCAAACGAAUGUCCAUCCCUCUACUUGCGCUACAGUUUAAACCACUCAUAUUGCGCUCCAGCGAAUAAUUCCUGUCAAAUUUUUUAUAGAGGAGUAACGCAAAAUGAAAUCAACUUCAUACUUCGAUAUCACAAUGACGUCAGAAGCGUGGUGGCUACUGGGAAGGAAACUAAAGGCGGUGGACUUCCAAAAGCAGCAAAUAUGCUAGAAAUGGUUUGGGAUACGGAAUUAGCAUCCGUGGCCCAAAAACGUGCGGAAAAUUGUGUAUACGAACAUGACUGCUCCGACUGCCGCAGAGUUGGAAAUUUUGCUGUUGGGCAGAAUAUCGCCUACACUCAAUUAAUUUGCUACGGAAAAGCUGAUUGCAAAAGCAACACCGCCGACUGGAAUAAAGUACUAACUAUGUUCUAUGAAGAAGUCAAGCAGUUUCAAAAGAAAUGGAUCAGCCCUUUCCAGUUUCAACAUGAAGUCGGUCACUUUACACAGAUGAUAUGGGCAGAUACUUGGAGACUAGGUUGUGGUUUUGUUGCUUUUUCAUUAGGAAAUGGUUACAGACAUUUCUUUGUGUGCAAUUACGGACCAGCGGGAAACAUCUACGGAAAAGAUUUGUAUAAAAAGGGUGAACCAUGUUCAAAAUGUCCUUCGAAUACCUGCUGUGGAAAGAAGUGCAAACCCACUGGUUAUGCUGGUUUAUGUAGAAUGACAAAUCCAAAUGAAGCACCUGUUUACAAACCAACCAAAUCGUAUUUAUUGUUCUGUGAUUUCCGAAGCUCUGAUGGUGAUUGCUCCACGAUCUCUAAUGAAGCGAAUAGGUGGCAAAUUAAUCAUGCACUUGGAGGUUCUCAUGCUGAAAUUAUCUUGAAAGGUGGAGAAAAAAGUGUUCUUUACUUUUCGAAACAAAUUAAGAGCAAAGGACGAUUUUGCUUGGUUCUAACUUACCGUACAGGGCCAACUUUAGCCGGGCAGAUUGACUCUAAUAGUGUUGUGGCAACUUACGAACCAGAAAAUUCCAGUCCUGUGAAGUUUACUCUAGAAUCGACCGGCUCCAGUACAGAAUUCAUGAAUUUUAACAUGGACUUGCUUUGGGGAGGAGUGACAAAAUUCAGCAUUGAAUUUUCUGUACCAGUUGGUGCUCCUGCCCAAUUCCUAAACAUAGACAAAGUCGCUGCCAGCGAAGGGAAAUGUACAAAAGCUGAAGACUGACGAAAAGAACACAUGGGACAGAAACCUUCCAUAGUAUUCACAGAAGUCGUAUUUGCAGUUGCGCUCAAAAUAGUUCAAGUUCCACAUCUUCGUUUACUUAUAUCAAAUAUGCCAUUCUAUUCAGAAGUUUUCUCAUUCGGAUAUGACCAUAAAAGCUUAAACUGAACAUAGAAAAAUUAUGAAGAAAUAUUUGGUGAUAAGUCGAACUUGUUUAUAAUGAGCCCUGAUUUAACGACAACCCGGAUUUAGCAAGAGAAUCAGAAGUACUUGGUUGGUACAAAGUUAAGUCUUAGGGAGCAUAACUCGCUUUUAACAAGCAAACCCCACUUAAAGCGAGCAAUAUUUUUGAGAUUCUUAGACUCUAUUUACUUCCAGCACAGCAUAUCCUUUGCUGGUAAAUUUUCUUUAACAUUCCAAAGUCAAUUAAAGUUAGAUUAUAAAUCCCGAGAACCUGCGAUGAUAGCACUUUUUU